UACUCUGAAAAAGUCACCCACAACACAAUUAUCCAAUAACUUAGUCCCUAAAUGGCCUAAGCAAAUCCAUCACUGCCUCCAUACCUUUAAUAUAUCUAUAUAAACUACUACAUAUACCAAACUCUUAUACAAUAACAAUAAUAUACAAUAUAAGCAAAUCCUCCCUGCCUCCAUAGCUUUUCUUGAAUUUAUCUCCAUCAGUUCAAGAAUUUUAGCAGAGUUUUCUAUUAUAUCAACAAUUCUUUUGUAAUACCUGUCGAAAUAUAUACUGGGUUCUUGAUUUCUUGUUUGUUUUGAGAGUUUCUUGAACUGCAAGAAGCAAAUGGACACCAAGAAGCCUACCAGCAAGCAAAGCAAACUCAGCAAAUUGAUAAAGAUACCCAUUAAAGUAUUGAUCAAGACAAGAGACUUCUACAUCAGGAGCAUGAACGUGUACGCUGACCAACUCGGCUAUGGCGCGGCCAUCGGUUGCCCUGUUGGGCAAGUAGUUCAUAACUUGCCUAGAAGUUAUAGUGUGAGUUCAACAAAUUCGAACAACCGUGAUGAUGAUUAUAGAGAGCUUUUAAAGGUUGCUUCUACAAGGGAUUUAAGCAGAAGAGUUGAACUAGAUCUUCUUCUUCAAAGACAAAAAUCUCGAAGCAGUAUGCCUAGGAGUUUCAGUGUUGGUAUUGGAAGAAUUGAUGAAGAACAGGAAUGCGAGUUUGAAGAAGAUUUCAAGGUUAAAGCUGAUGCAUUUCCAAGAAGCAGGAGCUAUGCUGUUUCUAGAAGAAGUACUACAAGAGUGUUAUAAACCAAAAGGAAAAACAAGAAAAAGGACUAUUAGUAAAAUAUAAUGGAAAGUUUUAGUUUAAUUUCCUUAA